CCUCGUUUGUUCAGGGUCCCCCCUCUCUGAAAAGAGUUAUGCUGUCCGUUUUGAAUGGACAGCGUUUUUCUUUGUGUGCUCGAUCAAAACAGAGGGCAAAGUUAGUCAGCAAGUUGCAUAGCUUCUGCAUUCUGAUUCUUCAAGCCUCUUUUGUAUGACGUUUAGCACAAUGUUUUACCCUGUGUCCGACCUGAAUGGCGUGCUGGAGAAAACAAUGAAAGGAGCGGACAAAGCAAUUGUGGCAAAGUGCUUUGGAAAAUGGAAAAGCAGCUCUCUAAGGUCCAGGACCAUGGAGAAGCCGGAUGAGCCGUCCGAGGAGAGGAGGAGGAGGAGGAGGAAGAAGAAGAGCCUGCCCAACUACACCUGUGAAGCUCCUAAAGUCAGCAAGAAAGCACUCGAUGAUGAAUUACAGCAUCACCUCCUGAGAGAUAACCAGAGUGAAAGCAUCAGCCGGGGGCAGCACUUUGGAUCUGGCACCUUGUCCUUCAGAACGCUCAGAAAACUGCAAUCAGAGAUGGAUUCUGAGGGGGAGGAGCAAACCUUGAAAACGUGUCACAGCGGCUCAGGGUUGGCCGAGUGCAUCACUGAGACGCACAGCCCAUAUGCGUCCAUGGCGAGGAAGAGGAGCGCUCAGGAAGGGGUGCAGGGUGCUCCUGUCAAUAAGAGGAAGUCCCUCCUGAUGAAGCCCCGCCACUACAGUCCCAGCGAGGCAUGUGAAGAGGAGAGCGAGGACCUGGCACCGCCACAGGACAAAGAAGAGCUGAGGAACAUUGACACUCCAGCAGAUGGAAACUUUCAAAGGAUCAACGGCGUGGCUGACGGCGGCUACCCCUGUGCCGGAGCCAAGUCCUGCAGCCCGCUCGGCUGGUCUGAAGUCACUUCUAAUGGCUCUCCACAGUGUGAGGUGGACUCAUCUGAGGCUGCAUUGGCAGAGGAGGAGGAUGAUCUUAAUAAUGACGAAGAGGACCAAAAUCUGGACAGGAUGAGUGGCACAUCAUCGCCGCAAAGUCCCUACAGAAACAUGGCCAAGUGGGAGCCUCUGUCCCUGUCUGCCAAAGACAACAGCCCCUCUGAAGACCUCUCCGGCAGGAGCGACCACCUGAGGCAGGAGCUUCUCCCCGAGCUGAGAGGAUCAAUCGGCAGAGUGAGCAACUUCCAGGCUGAAGCCUUGAGAUACAAGCUGCUUUCUGCAGAGGAGGACAGCGAGGGGGAGGCUGAGGCGGAGAGGCCUCCCCGGCUAGACAGCUGGGCCCUGGGCCUCCGAGAGAGAGGCCUUGAUAUGAGUCGCGGGAGUGUGAACCUGAGCCUUCUGGAGCAGGCCAUCGCCCUGCAGACGGAGCAGAGGCAGGUCCUGCACCACGCCUACAGAGAGAUGGACCGUUUCCUCAUGGAGCAGAUGACCAGCGAGAGGAGGACGCACAGGAUGAUGGACAUGGACUGCAGACUCAGCUACAAUGGAGGAAAAGAUUCCCCCCGCACAGAUAAAAAGGAUGUAAAGUGUCCAACUCCUGGCUGCGACGGCACCGGUCACGUGACGGGCCUGUACCCACAUCACAGGAGCCUGUCUGGGUGUCCUCACAAAGUCCGAGUCCCCCCAGAGAUUCUGGCCAUGCAUGAAAACGUCCUCAAGUGCCCCACGCCGGGGUGCACAGGGAGGGGCCACGUCAACAGCAACCGCAGCACCCAUCGGAGUCUCUCAGGCUGCCCCAUCGCUGCUGCAGUGAAAGUCUCCAGACCUCAGGAGGAGAGCCUGAAGUGCAGGCAAACCCCCGACCGCUCACCCAGGGCCAUCGGUUUGAUAAAGAAGUUUGAAAUGAACCAGCUCAACUACAGACUCUCUCAUCCUGUAGCCACCUUACAAACCAGCCUCACAAAAGAUCUGGACAAGUACAGCAGGAUCCGUUUUGAUUACGCCAGCUUUGAUGCGCAGGUCUUUGGCAAACAGCCCCUCCUCGGGACCAACCCUGAACAGGAAAUGCCCCUUUACCCCGACUCACCUCAACAGUAUCCUGGCUUUCUUGGUGCUCCAGGUGGCCGCCUGCCUGCAUCUGGUCAGCACAGCCCGCUGAGUCCAUUCAAGAAAGAGGACGAUCCGCAGGCCACAGCCGCAACAGCCGCCAUCCUUAACCUCUCCACUCGCUACCGGAAGAAUGUGGAGGCUGUCGCCGGCCAGCCUCUGGCAACCACAACAAAGGACAUGGCCAUAGAGGUGGACGAAAACGGCACCUUGGAUUUGAGUAUGAAAAGGUGCAAGGAGAACGGAAAGGCCCAGAGCAGGACGCCCCCAGAAGCCCCCCUGUCUCCUCCUGAGUCCGCCGUGGCCAAAGGCGGGAGCGUCCUCAUCGGCCCCGCCUUCUACCAGCCACUGUGUGAGAGAGACAGCUGGGAAAGCUCCCUCCCCGUCCAUUUUAGCAAAGCUCACAUUUUACAGGACAAAGAGGACGACUAUGAGCAGAUCUCCUUGGAGGACCAGCACUAUCUAGGAGACAGCAGCAUGUUAAGCCCCAAAGCCAAGCUCCUAUUACGAGAUUCAAAGAAAGAGCUUUUGAGCUGUCCAACCCCAGGCUGUGACGGCAGUGGCCACGUGACGGGGAAUUAUGCAUCACAUCGGAGUGUGUCUGGAUGUCCCCUGGCUGACAAAACACUCAAAUCACUGAUGGCAGCGAACUCUCAGGAACUGAAGUGCCCAACACCUGGUUGUGAUGGAUCUGGACAUGUGACUGGGAACUAUGCUUCACACAGAAGCUUGUCGGGGUGUCCACGUGCCAGGAAAGGAGGUUUGAAGCUCACACCAAACAAGGACGACAAAGACGAGCAGGAGCUUAAAUGUCCAGUAAUUGGAUGUGACGGACAGGGCCACAUUUCGGGAAAAUACACAUCCCACCGCAGUGCAGGCAGUUGUCCGCUCGCUGCCAAAAGACAGAAGGAGUCGUCCAUCAACGGCCUGCCCUUUGCCUGGAAGACCAAUAAACAGGAACUGCCCCAUUGUCCCUUGCCUGGCUGCAAUGGCCUCGGACACGCCAAUAAUGUGUUUGCCACUCACAGAAGCUUGUCCGGUUGCCCACUGAACGCACAGAGCAUAAAGAAGAAGCACACAGAGGAGGAGAUGACUAUCAAGCUGAAGGCCAGCAGUGGUAUUGAAAACAAAGACGACAUUUCCCACUUGGAUCAUGAAAUCAAAGAGCUGAACAAUUCCAACAUGAAAAUAGAGGCAGACAUGAUGCAGCUGCAAACCCAGCAGAUCUCCUCGAUGGAAUGUAACCUGAAGACAAUCGAGGAGGAAAACAGGAUGAUCGAACAGCACAACGACAGCCUCCUGAAGGAGCUGGCCCGCCUCAGCCAAGCGCUCAUCAACAGCCUGACAGACAUUCAGCUGCCUCAAAUGGGACCCAUCAGCGAGCAUAAUUUUGAAGCCUAUGUGAACACAUUAACUGAUAUGUACAACAACUCGGAGCAUGAAUACUCUCCAGAGUGCAAGGUCCUCUUGGAUAAUAUCAAACAGGCUAUUAAGGGCAUCCAUGUUUAAGCUGCAGAGUUACCGAGGGCUUUCUUUGACUUGGUAUAAUGGCACUAGAUAGCUGUGUUUCACUGAGGAGUGCUGGCUAGGCUGUUUGUGUAAGACGAGGCUUUUUGGAAACACGCGUGGCGUUUCCCGGCACAAACACUGCACUAAGAAAAAAACUACCAGCUGGAAUUUGUAAUGCUUUUACUGUUUCUGCAUUUUCUUGAUAUGUUUACCCCUGGUGAGAUUUUUAACCCCUUCUUCUUGCACUUGAUUACUUUGUAUUGUUUGCUUGAUUUGAAUCUGUAUGUGUUCAUGUCAUUCCUAUAAUAUUGCUAUUUAUUACUGUAUUUGUUCUAUUUAUUUCCUGCUUUUAUUUAUUUCUUCGAUUGUAAAUGCUUAAAGUUUGAGAAAUCUAUUCGACUUUUCUGCAGAUUGUGAAUGACAGAGAAGCACAUUCCAGUUCUGCGACAGACUUUUGCCAUCUAGUGUUGAAUUUUUGUUUUACUUUUAUCGUUUGAUCAUAAGUUGGAGCUCCUUUUCAUAGCAAAAACGUACCAAAAUUACACCAUAUUUUUAAGCAUUGCUCUUGCCUUCUUCAUUGGAAAUUGAAUGUAUAAUAGGUGAGAUAAAAUAAAAAAAGGCAAUGCAAAUGUACUGUAACUUUUUUCUACUCGUCCAAUGAAAGAAGCAGGAGGUGACACUGCGCUUGAACGCUGUCCCAUUCUGCUUUGCAUUACAAAGAAGAGCGCAACAAAAAAAUCACUAAUUCACUUUGUCAAGAUGUCUUUCUUUUCUUUUUUUUAAAUGUAUAGAUAAUAAACUGCCUUCUGUGCACACACGUUGUGCAUAUAGUAUGUGCCUAAAUGUAUAUGACUCCAUAAAAAUAUACAAGUACUAUGUUUUGUGGUAGGACAGUAUUAUGUGAACGGUGUCUAAUUUAUUCUAAAGUUCCGUUAUUUUCAUAGGAGGAUGCAUUCCUGAUGACUGUUGGAAAACUGUUGUUUUAGUAGCCGCAAACUCAGAGAUUCAAAAUACACUUAAUUAAACAUUUCUGUUUGAUCUUAAAUUUGCCUAAAAUAAGCCUUAAUAUUCAACACGAUGUUUCAUUUGAAUACUCUCAUGUCUUGAGUAUUGUAUCUUCACGGAACCCAGUUCAGUUUCGACAGUUGAAAACAAAAACACUAAAAAAAACAAUAUAUAUAUUAGUUGAUUGUUUUUGACUGUUUUUACUUUCACACAAAGUUAAUCCAACUGCUAAAUACAAACAUCUGAGCAAUACAUUUGUCAUUUCUGCAAAUAGACAAAAAUAAUAAUAAUAAUAAAAAAAUGUAGCCUAGGAUAUUUUAAGGAAAACAGUUGAGGGAGCCAGAACAUAAAUAAUAUCAAUUUCACCAUAUUUUUAAGAAUUUCAAUUGUUUAAAACUCAAUAUCUCGUAAAACCCAACAAUCCUUCAUAAUUUCUUAAUUCCUAAACACCACACAUUGUUUGCUCAGGAAGUUUUGUGAAUUAUAUUUAUAAUUUUUUUCCCCCCCUGUUAGUAUUUGAUGUUUUGUAAUGUGACAUGCUUUUUUUGUGGAACAAUAUUAGAAUACUAUGAAAAUUGUACUGUAUUUUCUUUUGAAAUAAUAUGUAAUGCUUUUUUUUCAGUUAAGGUAGUUUGUAAAUUGAAACUUCCAAUUACUUUUACUAUUUCAUAAUAAAAUGAUAUGCGCUGUGUUGUACAGUUUGUGUAUGGUAGUAAUAAACCUUUUAAAUGGU